UUCUCUAGGGUGUCGGAUCUCGAGCGGUGUCAGCUUGUACGGCUGAGGGCUCCCAGGACAGGGCAGGGAUCCAAGAGGGUUGCGCACUUGCCGUUGUUGUUGUUGUUGUUGUUUUUUAAAGAGGGGUUAAGAGAGGGAGGAGAAUGGGCAGAAUGCUGACGGGAACCUGAAUUGGAGUAUUUCAGAUGCGAAGAGCAGAAUAACGCACCCUUGGGUCAGCUGCAUUUUCGGAUGCUCAGUUUUGAACGCCCAGUUUUGAAACUACCCUUUGUGUUUGGCAGAACUGGAAUGGAUUCAGGGGUGAGAGUUUGAUCCGGUCAAAGUGCAUCUUAAUUGAGGCGCGCCGUUCGGCCACGCUUGACGAUGGAAUUUCUGAAGACCUGGGUGCUUAGAAGAAAUGCACGUGCUGCGGUUUGCUUCUGGAAAAGCAAAGUCGUUCAAAAGCCUUCAGUUAGGAAAAUCAGUACUACCUCUGCAAGGAGCACGGUCAUGCCUGCUUGGGUGAUCGAUAGAUAUGGGAAGAAUGAAGUGCUUCGAUUCACUCAGAACAUGAUGAUCCCUAUCAUACACUAUCCAAAUGAAGUCAUUAUCAAAGUUCAUGCUGCGAGUGUAAACCCUAUAGAUGUUAACAUGAGAAGUGGUUACGGAGCUACGGCUUUAAAUAUGAAGCGUGAUCCUUUGCACAUGAAGAUCAAAGGAGAAGAAUUUCCUCUGACCCUGGGUCGGGAUGUCUCUGGCGUGGUGAUGGAAUGUGGGCUGGAUGUGAAGUACUUCCAGCCUGGAGACGAGGUCUGGGCUGCAGUUCCUCCUUGGAAGCAAGGCACACUCUCAGAGUUUGUUGUAGUCAGCGGGAACGAGGUCUCUCACAAGCCCAGAUCACUCACUCAUACUCAAGCUGCCUCUUUGCCAUAUGUGGCUCUCACAGCCUGGUCUGCCAUAAGCAAGGUUGGCGGCCUGAAUGACAAGAAUUGCAUGGGAAAACGCAUUUUAAUCUUAGGCGCUUCAGGCGGAGUUGGUACUUUUGCUAUACAGGUAAUGAAGGCGUGGGAUGCUCAUGUGACAGCAGUUUGCUCUCAAGACGCCAGUGAACUUGUGAGGAAGCUUGGAGCAGACGAUAUAAUUGAUUACAAAUCUGGAAACGUGGAAGAGCAAUUGAAAUCCUUGAAACCGUUUGAUUUUAUCCUCGAUAAUGUUGGCGGAUCCACCGAGAAAUGGGCCCUCGACUUUCUCAAGAAGUGGGCAGGUGCAACCUAUGUGACCUUGGUGACUCCUUUCCUCCUGAAUGUGGACCGGCUGGGCCUAGCAGAUGGCAUGUUGCAGACAGGAGUCACCGUGGGUUCCAAGACACUGAAGCAUUUCUGUCAAGGAGUUCACUAUCGCUGGGCCUUUUUCAUGGCCAGUGGUCCAUACCUAGAUGAAAUUGCAGAACUGGUAGAUGCGGGCAAGAUUCGGCCAGUUAUUGAACAAACCUUUCCUUUUUCUAAAGUUCCAGAAGCCUUCCUGAAGGUGGAAAGAGGACACGCACGAGGAAAGACUGUCAUUAAUGUCGUUUAAAUAAACACACGGUUCAGUGAU